CUGAAAGUCAUAAACAGUUUUGUCGUGAACGUUAACAGUCACUGUUAACUCACUGAUCUGGAUUACUUCAAUAAACUUUAUUGGCAGCUAUAUUGUCAAUUAUGUACACGACUCAAUUGUUUAUCAUCUCUAUUGCGAUUUUUCUCGUACAUAAUAACGUACUCGCAGAAGAUAACCCAGAAGAAUGUGAGACUUUGCCUUCUGAAUUGCAUAUCAUUAAAGAGGAAUUUGACGAGCUUGGACGGCUUCAAAGGACAUGUAAUGGUGACAUAGCAGUGAACAAGUGUGAAGGAGCGUGUAAUUCACAAGUACAACCUAGUGUCAUUACUCCUAGUGGAUUCCUAAAAGAAUGUUAUUGUUGUCGUGAAACAUUUUUGAGGGAGAGGAUUAUUGCUCUUACACAUUGUUAUGAUCCUGAUGGCGUAAGAUUGACGAGUGAAAAAUUGGCCACGUUGGAAGUUAAACUAAAAGAACCAGCGGAUUGCAAAUGUUUUAAAUGUGGAGAUUUUACCGGAUAAAUUGAUGUUUUAAAAUUCAUAUAAUAUGUAGCAACUUUUUCACCGUAUUGUUUUACUUGUGUUGUAAUCAUUAUUUAUUAAUAAAUUAUUAAAUAUAUAGGUAGUUUUAAAAAUUAAGCCUAUAAGCGUUUUCAUGUAGGUAUCUGCAUAAUAUAAUAUUA